CAAGCUUACUUCACUCAACCUCCAUCUUCUUUUUUCCUUAUUCCUUUGUUCUUCGCUGUCCGCCCUGGCCGUCUCUCCUUGACACCAAUCCCCUAUAAACAAGCGCGACCUCUCGAUCUUCGUCUCCGAUCCGCAGAGAAUACAUUCUUUUUCCUUAGAUAAUCAUGUCGUCCUAUCUCGAAAGGCAGGCAAAUGCUUUCAAGGGCACCCUUUCAGCAGCCGCGACAAAGAUCUCAAAUCCAUCAACAAACAAGGCCUCAUCUCUCGCCGUCCCUUCGCUUGCUCCUCCCUCGCCAUCUCCUUCAGCAGCCUCCGAUCCAAAUACUCCCACUGCCAAGCGAAAACGAGAUGCAGGCCCCGAGGUACCCUACUCUCAGCCGCAGCUCACAGGCUAUGGUGCUGGGGUCAAGACGCAAAUGACCUAUGCUGUCGAUUACCUGAAAAAGAAGGGCGACGCAAAGACCAUCACGGAUAUUAUCGACCAUCUGAGUUUGAGGAAUUUUGACGAUGAGCACAAGCGACAACUUGCGGAAGGUUUACGGGGCCAUCCCCGUGUAGAGUGGAAGCCUGAUGCGAACCUCAGCGAACAGACCUGGAAGACUGGUACCUAUGUCCACCGACCUAUCAUUCCUGGAGUCAAGGACGCAACCAGCCUUCUCGCUCAUCUUCAAGCCAAGACAGACGCCUCAGGCGUGUCAGUAAAGGACCUCAAGGACGGCUGGCCCGACUGCGAAGACACAAUAUCAGCGCUCGAGCGCGAGCACAGGAUCCUAGUAGUGCGCACCAAAAAGGAUAACAUCCCGCGCUACGUUUGGCCCAAUGAUCCGUCGCUACACCACAAGGUCCAGCCAGAGUUCCAGAGCAUGUGGCAGCGUGUGCAACUACCACCCCUCGAGGAGAUGCACCGGAAGCUUACGAGCGUCGGACAAAAGCCUACAAGCGAAGAUCCCCGCAAGGCAAAGGAUGGACAGGCCAACAAGCCCAAGGCUCAGAAGCGUCGCAAGGGCAACAGGAUCGGCAAGGCAACCAACGUGCACAUGGCGCAUCUCAUGCAAGACUACAGUGGCAUGCGACGAUAGGGAACGCGUGUAUCAUAGUUGUUUUCAUUUCAGGGCGUUAGGGUGAUGAGCUUGAGACUCAAGGGACGAAUCAUUUGAUUUGAUUUGAUUUUUAUUUGGCGUUUGGCGAUGAAGGAACCCAUUGAGAUUAAGGUCAAACAAAAAAGACAAAGGGCAUUAUGAGACGGACAUCGUCGGGUAGACGUAGGGAGCAAGGCAGCGGCAUGUUUUAAAUUAUUCAAUCAACAACAUUGUUCAAUAUCAAAAA